AUGACCCCCGGCGAAUGCAACGCAUCUGAAAUCGAUCCCAGGCUGGAGUCCGAGAAAAUGAACGAACAACAUGAAAAGCAAGAACUGGGGAAUUCAGACAGGAGUGACAGACAAUCCUUGUCUGCAAUCUCCAAGUCAACAAGCUCAAGCAGUUCAAAUGACUAUGGCUCUGAGCUGCAUACUCUGCGUUCGCGGCCCACAGAACCCGACCUGGAACGUCGUCGGACGAGGAUGUCUGAUGCCCUGAGUAGGAUUGAGACCCAGCGAUACCAGCAUGCUUUGACGGUUGGCGAAAGUGUACAAUCCCGGGCCUCUAGAGCUUCCCUACCUCCUUUUGGGGGCGGAAAGCCUUACCCACCACCCCUGCCGGCUCGAGAGGAGUAUGUCGUGGAAUUCGACGGGACAGACGACCCGUUAUAUCCCCAGAAUUGGUCGUUAGGGCGGAAAGUCACCAUCAGCGCCAUCCUGGCAUUCACCAGUAUUUGCUCCACAUUUGAUUCCGCCAUCUUCAGCGCUUCAACCAGCAAUGUUUCCAAAGCUUUCGGGGUCGGAAUCGAAGUCUCAAGUCUUUCAAGUACGCUUUACAUCAUCGGUUACGCAUCCGGUCCCUUGAUCUGGGCCCCAUUAUCGGAACUCAGAGGUCGUCGCAUCCCUAUCAUGAUCGGCAUGCUGGGGUUCGGUAUUUUCAACACAGGUGUCGCAGUCGCAAAAGACCUGCAGACCCUUAUGCUGUGUCGAUUCUUCUCAGGCAUUUUCGGUAGUUGUCCGCUGGCCGUUGUGGCAGCUGUCUUCUCCGACAUCUACGACAACCGCACGCGUGGCACCGCCAUCGCCAUGUUUUCGGGCACGGUGUUUCUCGGUCCUCUUCUAGCGCCCUUUAUUGGAGGAUUUAUUAAUAUGUCGUAUUUGGGUUGGCGCUGGACUGCUUACCUGCCUGCUAUCAUGGGUUACUUUGCUUUUGCAUUAAACGUUCUAUUCCUAAAAGAGUCAUACCCACCAGUGGUCUUGGUCGACAAAGCGUCAGAGCUACGCCGUCGCACGAAGAACUGGGGUAUACACGCAAAGCAAGAGGAGAUUGAAGUCGACUUGCGGGAAUUGCUGGUCAACAAUUUCUCAAGACCGCUGCGGCUACUGCUUACUGAGCCCUUGAUCCUCGCAGUGACAGUGUACCUGAGUUUCAUCUACGGACUACUCUAUUGCUUCUUGACAGCAUAUACCCUCGUCUUCCAGGGGGUCUACGGCAUGACCCCUGGUGUCGGGGGACUGCCGUUAUUCGGCAUGGUCGUGGGAUUGCUCAUUGCGGCCGUGUGUAUCAUCAUAUUAAGCGGUCCGUAUAAUCGGAAGCUGGACGCUAACGGGGGCGUUCCUAUCCCCGAAUGGCGUCUGCCCCCUGUUAUCGUCGGCGGGGUUCUCUUUGCUGCCGGGCUGUUCUGGUUUGGAUGGACCGGGUUCACGAACAAGGUCCCUUGGAUUGUUCCCACGCUCAGUGGACUGUUCACGGGAUUCGGACUGCUGAUUAUUUUCAUUCAACUGUUCAACUAUCUAAUCGACACUUAUCUUAUGUUCGCUGCAUCUGCCAUCGCAGCAAAUACGUUUUGCCGUUCGCUGGUCGCGUCCAGCUUCCCGCUGUUUUCGCGGCAGAUGUUCAACGGCAUGGGUAUUCAGUGGGCUUCCACCUUGCUGGGCUGUGUCGCCGCUGUCCUGGUUCCUAUUCCGGUAGCGUUCUAUCUUUUUGGCAAGAAGUUGCGAGCCAGGAGCAAGUUUGCGCCCUUUGAUGAGAGGAUCCAUGAGAUGGCGCAGGUUGAGGAUGACGUUAUCGAGGAUGUCAAUCAGCGGACAUGA